UUUUAAACUGCCAGGCACUCAGCUUCCAGUAUGCUCGGGGCUGUGAAAAUGGAAGGACACGAAGCCACAGACUGGAGCAGCUACUACGGGGAACCCGAGGCUUACUCCUCGGUGGGUAACAUGAACGCCGGGCUGAGCAUGAACCCCAUGAACACGUACAUGAGCAUGUCUGCUAUGAGCACCUCGGCCAACAUGACCGCCGGCUCCAUGAACAUGUCCUAUGUGAAUACUGGGAUGAGCCCAUCGCUCACCGGCAUGUCUCCUGGCACCGGGGCAAUGACUGGAAUGGGCACCGGGGUAGCCAGUAUGGCAAGUCACCUCAGCCCCAGUAUGAGCCCGAUGAGUGCCCAGGCUACUUCUAUGAAUGCCCUGGCACCCUAUACCAACAUGAACUCAAUGAGCCCAAUCUAUGGACAGUCCAACAUCAACAGAUCCAGGGACCCCAAGACUUACAGGCGCAGUUAUACGCAUGCGAAGCCCCCCUACUCGUACAUCUCGCUCAUCACCAUGGCGAUCCAGCAGUCCCCCAACAAGAUGCUCACUCUCAGCGAGAUUUAUCAGUGGAUCAUGGACCUGUUUCCUUUCUACAGGCAGAACCAGCAGCGCUGGCAGAACUCUAUCCGCCAUUCUCUUUCCUUCAAUGACUGUUUUCUCAAGGUGCCCAGGUCCCCUGACAAGCCCGGAAAGGGCUCCUUCUGGACCCUACACCCCGAUUCGGGCAACAUGUUUGAGAAUGGCUGUUACCUGAGGCGACAGAAACGCUUCAAGUGCGAGAAAAAGCCCAGCCUUAGAGAAGGGGGAGGCAAGAAACUCUCAGAAGGGUCAUCGAGUGUGGGCUCUGCAGCCAACAGCAGCUCUGAGAGCUCAGUGGGCAAUGAGUCCCCGCACUCCAGCUCGUCCCCCUGCCAGGAGCAGAAGAGGUCUCUAGUAGAUAUGAAGUCCAGCCAAGGCUUAAGCCCAGACCAUGCAGCCUCCCCAGCCUCCCAAGCCCAGCACUUGCUUUCCCAGCACCACUCUGUCUUGUCCCAUGAAGCCCAGUCCCACCUCAAACCAGAACACCAUUAUUCUUUCAACCACCCAUUCUCCAUCAACAACCUCAUGUCCUCAGAGCAACAGCACCACCAUCACCACCACCACAACCACCAUCAUCACCAUAAAAUGGACUUAAAAGCUUAUGAACAGGUGAUGCACUACUCUGGUUACGGGUCCCCCAUGACUGGCAGCCUGGCAAUGAGCACAGUAACAAACAAAAGUGGCUUAGAGUCUUCACCUAUUUCCAGUGACACCUCAUACUAUCAAGGUGUGUAUUCUAGACCUAUCAUGAACUCCUCAUAGACUUUCUACCAUGGACUUGUCACCUGGGCUCUGUGUAUAUAAUAUUAAGAAGAAAAACAACAUAGUAUGUGUCUACAUUCCUAUUGAAUUGUACAGUCCCCCGAGUUUGUUUCUGUAUAGGAGCUUAGCUUGUUAAGCUAUGUUUGAUUUGGGUGCUUUUCUUUGGCAAGGAGUAUAUUUUUGUGAAAGUGACGGAUCCUAAUUUUUCUGUGUGAAAUCUGUUAAUUUUCCCUAAGGACCAAAAUUGUGUGAUAUUGGUAAUGUUAAAAAAAACAGAAACGGAAUAUAUUGAUGUAAUUGAAAAAAAAGAUGUUUUUUUUUUUUAUUUGUUUGGGGGAGAUGCUUGAAACUGGUUAAUUUAUGGUUUCUGUAUGUUUUAUUUAUGACUGCUGUAUGUAUUCUGGCCAUAACCGGCCGGUUUAACAAUCUCUAUUAAAAAAUGAAUUGGCA